GCCCUUGCAGCCCGGGGCAGGGCAGGGCAAGCACCACGUGACCGGACGCAAGCGCGAGUCAGGUGGUGGUUGUGUUAUUGUGACGCAGGCAGGCCGUGCAAGGAACCUGUGCUGCUGUUGUCGAGGCGGUUGGUCACGGUCGCACAGCUUGAACCAGAGUCAAGUCAAGUCACCUGCGGGGCCCGGCGUUGGCAGCUUUUGGCGAAGUUUCUGCGAGUAGCCCUGCUGACCGAGCACGGCAUCUCUUCACACACACCGUCAUCAGCAGUAACAGCCGCCGCCCGGUUCGGGUACGAAAGGACAUGAAGGAUUGCGGAGGAUAAACUUGUGGCCGCCGCUGCUCGAGACACCUGGGCGCGCGCGCGCGGCCGCCAACUGCCACCGGCCGCCGUUUGCAGCGUCUCGAGGCGGCGGGCGGGCGGGCAGGCGCGCGCUGCUCCGGGCCCCGGAGCGAUGGCCUGGGUGAAGCUCUUCCUGAAGCCCGGGAGCAACCUGCGGAGCGGCUACCAGCCGGGCAGCAUGCUGUCCAUCGCGCCCACCAAAGGGUUGCUGAACGGGCCGGGCGAGAACAGCUGCUUCCUCAACAGUGCGGUGCAGAUUCUAUGGCACCUGGAUAUAUUCAGACGAAGUUUCAGACAAAUGCCCGGACACGUGUGUUUUGGAAAUGCGUGCAUAUUUUGCGCUCUAAAGGAUAUAUUUGCAGAAUUUAGAAACAGCAGGGAGAAAGCUCUUCCCUCUGAUAAUUUACGCAGUGCUUUAGCGGAGAGCUUUAAAGAUGAACAUCGUUUUCAGCUGGGUCUAAUGGAUGAUGCCGCAGAAUGCUUUGAGAAUAUUUUGGAAAGAAUUCACUCGCACAUAGUCUCAGACACUGAAAUGGAUACAUGUACUGCUAAGUGUUGCAUUACUCACCAGAAGUUUGCCAUGACCCUUUAUGAACAGAGUGUGUGCCACAGUUGUGGAGCUACAUCGGAUCCUUUACCAUUCACAGAGCUGGUACAUUAUGUGUCAAUAACCGCACUCUGUAACCAGGUAGACAGAAUGAUGGAGAGACAUGAACGUCCUAGGCCAGAAUUGUUUGCAGAGCUACUUCAAGCAGCAAGUACCAUUGGCGACUAUAGGAACUGUCCGAGUAAUUGUGGACAGAAGAUAAAGAUCAGACGUGUGUUAAUGAAUUGCCCAGAGAUAGUCACCAUUGGUUUGGUCUGGGACUCUGAGAAUUCAGAUCUCACAUUGGAUGUUAUCAGAUAUUUGGCAUCACAGCUCUACCUCCCCGGACUUUAUUUCAGAGCAACUGAUGAACGGGCUAAAAGAAGUGAAUUAGUCCUGGUUGGGAUGGUAUGCUACUCCAACAGACACUACUGUACAUUUGCCUUUCAUACCAAAAGCGCUAAGUGGAUUUUCUUUGAUGAUGCCAAUGUUAAAGAGGUUGGAUCAAAGUGGAAAGAUGUGGUCUCCAAGUGUAUUCGAGGUCAUUUCCAGCCUUUGCUGCUGUUUUAUGCUAAUCCAUGCGGCACGCCAGUCAGCACGGAAGAUGCGCCUAGACAAGUGUUUCAACCUGUUCAUUGUAAAAUGGAUGGAGAGGAUUCUGAAAAAGAAAUGAAAAUUCCUGCAACCAGAGUAUAUGACCACGAGAAGGAGAACGGAGCUGAAGGACAUUCAUCAAAAGUUAAGGGCCCAAAACUGCCUCCAAAACAACCAUCUGAUGCGAAAGGUGGUUUCCAAAGAGGUUACAUUCAAGAUAGCAGAGGUCGAGGUCUGAUUAAAAUGUUUCCUGACGAUUCAUCAUUUUGGUCAAAGGAGCAUGCCCAAAAGCCACAGAAUGGAAGGAACCUGCCACAUACCCAGAAAAAAGAAAAUGAUAAACCAACAAGAAACGACUAUGCCAAGCAAAGAGAGGAGAAAUCUUCCAAAUCCGGGACACCACACCUUGGUAACGGCGCAAGGCAUUUUUGGGAUCAACACGUAUACAGUAGUCAAGGAAAAGGACAUUUAAGCGAAGGUGGAAGUGCUCCGCACAUCAGGACAACAUCAGAUUCAGUUCCACAUAAAAAUAAAAACAGUGGUUUUACUGGAUAUGAUACUGAUAGUAGUCAAGAAUCAAGGGACAAAGGCAAUGGUAGAAGUAGAAAUAAGGGUAAGGUAUGGAAACCCUCACGGGAAACACUGAACGUGGAUAGUAUUUUUGAGGAAGGGAGUAAGAGACAAAACAGUCCAAAGCACAAAUCAAACGCUGCUCAGCAGAUGCUACAUAGCAAAGGACAGAAUCCUAAUGAUUUAUUGAAUGAGAAACGAAAACACAAAGGAUUAAUAACAAUAUAUGAAGAUGAAUGCAAACACGGAAAUGGAACUUCUUCAUUAGAAGUUGAUGGAAAAGCAAAUCCAAAAAAUGAAAACAAAUGUGAAAACUUAAAAAUCCAUAGCUCUGGUUAUAGGGCACAGAAAGUGGAAUCUGGUCAUGAAAGCAGCAGUUUGGUCAAUGAUGCCGACCCCGACUCUCAAAGUGUGGAGAUUUUUAGUGGAAAGCACAGGACGAAUAACCAAGAUGCACUUUCCAACAGGAAUCCAAUAACAUCAAUCAAAACUGACAGAAGUCUUAAUCUGCCCAUUAAUAGGUUUCCAGAUAACGAAGCUGAACUUCAAGAAAAUGAGUCCAAGUCCAGGCACAAGAAUUUUCAUAAACCUGAUAUGCAAAGAUCACAGUUUGAUAAAAGCCAAGCUUCGCCUUCAGUUGAAAGAGCCAGAAAAACAGCUCCUUUCCCCAAGCAAAAUUCUGGAUUUCAGGAGUCACCUGGAAUGAACUUGCCAGACUACAAGCUCUGUAAGGAUAAUGAACAUCGUCCACAGACACAAUUGAAACAAUCCUCCCCAAACAAAAUGUCUCCCAAAGUUUCAGUGAACUCCAACAUCGGGGCUGUGCCAGUGUUGCCAGAUCCUUAUGCAUUUCCAUUUGAUGACUUGAAGAAGACUUCAUUAGCUUCUUAUGGGGGAAUACAUUGUAAUAAUUUGCAAGAUUUACAGGAUUCCCCAGUUCAUGUGUUGCCUUCUAGUUCUCGGCAAGUUGAAAUAAAGGCACCAGCGUCACCACCUGAAUCACAAGUACAUUUGCAUCUAGUGGAUAGUUUCUCUGAAAGUUCUCCAUCUGGGAGACUAGGUUCACACCAUGGUUUUGAAACAAAAGAGAAUUUCCUGGAACCUGUACAUCACAUGAGGUCCUCUCCACCGCCUCUUCCUCCAAAGAGGUAUAAUCGGAGAACCCAGUUUAGUUUAGACGACAAUGCCUUAAAUUUCAGGCAGAUAAAUGUACCAAAGGAGCAAAUUCCUUUUUUGACUGAAAUGACUGAAAGUAUAAAAUCCAGGUUUACGGAUGAUUCAACUAUGCCUCCUGAUGAGGUGCCUCAAAUAACUGUAGGUCAAGGGCAAGCUUUGAGUCCAACAGAAAGUUCUGAUCAUGUUACAAAUUUACCUGACAAAUCUCCAAAGCUUGAAACUAAUGUUGCUUUGGUAGAAUUAACGAAGCAUGUUGCUCCAACAACCUACUUUUCUGUGGAUAGUUGUAUGACUGAUACUUACAGAGUCAAAUACCAUGAGAGACCUAAACUCUACUUUGCAGAUGUGAAAGCUAAUCAAUCUCAGCAGAGUGGCGAUCCCUUCCAAGGCAAUGGUUAGAUGUUUAUCCUCAAGUGUCAUUCAACGUACAUGAAGUUAAAGGCAUCUUAAUCACAUUCCCGAAAGCAAUAAGCGAGAAGUCAUCGCUAAAAUUGUCAUGGAACCUAAAUUAACUCAACUGCAAGUGUCUGUAAGGGUCACACCUGAAGAACAGUAGAAAACAAAUGGGAAGGACCUCUGUAAAAAUUGUCAUAAGAAUAAUUACAGAAAUCAUUCAGGAGAGGGCAGCUAUUUUGUCACAAGUUUUCAUGAUACUCCCUACUAGUAUAGACUAGAGUAUGCAUGAUGAUGAUUUACGAUCAAAAAUAUUCUCUGUUUUUAUGGUAUAAUUGUUUUGAUAUUAUUUAACCUAAAUGUAAACUACAAUAUUGACAUACACUUUUUGUAACAUUUGAAUGCUUUUGCCUAAAAAUAUUAAAUUAAUUGCCAAUUUAAUAGAGCAAGAUAAAGCAAAUAAUGUUCACCUAGUUUUAUUUAAACUAAAAUUCUGCUAUAUUACACCAUAAAAGUGUAGUAGAAAUUUCCUGAAUGUAAGCCUAAAGGAAAUAGUAGCUGCUAAAAGUGAAUGCCAUGGAGAUUUAAAACUACAGUUGGAAUGGUAAAUUUUAAUUUUUUAAUGAUUUUAAAAUUAAAAAAAAUUAGAUGGAAAGAAUAAAAGUUUUGAAUGAUUGAAGAAUGCACCAUGAAAACAGGCCCUUUGGCCUACAAGUCCAGGCUAACCACUGAUCAUCCAUAUACUCUUGUUCUGUUAUCCCACUUACUCAUCCACUCCCUACACACAAGGUAAUUUACAGAGAUCAAUUAACCUACAAGCCCACACAUUUUUGGGAUUUGGGGGAAAAUCAGAAUGGCCAAAGGAAACCCACAUGGUCACAGGAGAGCGUGCAAAUCCAUACAGAUAGCACCUGAGGUUGGUAUCAACCCAUUUCUGGCACUGAGGCAGCAACUCUACCAGCUGUGCCACUCUUCUAAAUUAUUUUGUUGGUUCCAACUUGCUUUACAAUUAAAACUAGUAGCUAUUAAGAAUAGUUUUUCUAAUUUGCCUGAGGAAAUAAUUUCAUUUUUUGUUACACUCCAAGUUUGUUGCCCAAAUAUCCAUGUAACUUAACAACCCAAAAAAUACUGGAUUCCAUGGACGGAGACUAUUCAUUGCUUUUGAAUAUCUAGUUUAAAAAUAGAAUAAUAUUUGCUUUUACAUGCAAGGUCUAGGAUAAUUGGUUUAAAUAUUUCUUUGCCUUGCAUGAGUUUGCAGAAAUUAGUUUUAUUCAGAAUGAUGAACUCAGAUUAUUAAUUUCAUAAACUGAUUGAUCCAAUGUAGGCACUGCAAGACUGAGUAAUUUAGAUUUUUUUAAAUAUUGAUCCCCACGUAAAUUAACGAGUGUUUACAAUUUUGAAAAGUAAAUGACUUAUUUGAGGUCGAUUUUGUAGGUACAAGUGGAUAUAGAGUGGACUUGUAUCUCCAACUAUGAAUGCCAAAAUCCUGUAAUUCUUUUUAUAAAAUAAUUUUUUUAUGCAUUGAGGAGAGGUUCUGUGCAGGUUGGGUUUUAAGGUACUGUUACUGUUUUUUCUAAAAUAUUAAUCUACAUGUAAAUAUUUUCAUGUAUUAUCUUUUCAGUACAUAAAGAAUACUUUAUAUUAACUUUAUUUGUUUUUCUGUUACUAUGCACACUUAUGGCUUUUGAAUUCACAUAAAGUGGUUUUGAGAAACAUUUAAUUAUCUAAAAAAUAGAUUCAUUAUUUGAUAACAUUUGAUAGUGCUUCAAAUGUACUUUAAUAUUAAAAUGGAUUGUCUUUCCCCGUGCCUUUUUGCUUUGUUUCGUAAGUGUGCUUAUAUUUUGAGCAAAAACCUCUUUGGCUCCAACGUAAAAGUGAAGGUAUUUGAAUAUCUCUGAACGACCUUGAAUAUUGCUGUGCACUGAACUGUUAACUUAGUUUUUAAGGUAUCUUUGCACACAAGUAUUUUAACCGGUUAAUUAUCUUGCACAAAUGUUUUAAAAUAAAUAAAGCCUUAAGUAUUUUAGGAUGUGUAUGAUAAAGCAUUGUAUAUCCUAAAUAUACCUUAAUUACUUAAAUAUAUUGUAAAACACUGUCAAAAUAGCUUGACUCCAAACAUUUGAUUAAACAAGCCUAUGGCACAGUUAAAUACAAACAAGACCAAAAUGGACAAAUGGCCAGACUGGCGUAUACAACUUGUCUAUUUAUUUUUCUAUGUACAAAGUGGGAAUAUUUGUAAAACUGAUUUUUAUUAUUUGGAUAUAUUAUGGAACAAAUAAAUAACUUUGUAUACAA